UUACCUGGAUAUGUUGAUGUUGCUAGCUAAGGAAGCUAGUGGUCGUUUUUUUUCUGUUUCCUGUCGCUGUUGUAGGGGGUAUUGGUUGCCAUAGGCUAGUUGACGUUACAACCAUGGAAAUCGACACACUUUUGGAGGCUUUCACGGGUAAAUCAACUUCCUUUAGCUGAUUUUCCGUAUUUCUAACGUUACAUGAUUAGCUACAUUGGAAUUGACAAACUUACUGUAGCCGCAUAUAUUCUAGUUAGCUAGCUAUCUCGUUGGAUGGAUGGAUAACUUGGCUAGUUAACUAGCUUGUAGCUAACUCUAGCAGUCGAAAUUAUUAGCUCGCUAGGCCUCUUUUUUUUUAUAACGUAACUACACGUAUAAUUCAAUAUUGAUGUGAAUGUGUGUUGACUUGAAGCUAUUUCAUCCACUUAAGGACACUUUGUACCUAGUCUAGUUAGCAGGUCGCUAUAGCUUAUGUUGACCAUAGCUAGCUAGCUAAGUGUUCUAGUUUAGUUAACUAGCUCGCUCUUUGCUACUAACGUUAACUAGCUAGCUAGCGUUAUUUAGUGGUGAAUGUGGUAGUUGCAGCCAUGGUGAACCUAUGAAGUUACUAAAUUAGUAGCUAUUCUAAUUAUAUGGUUGCAGCUUGCUAGCUACGUAGCGCCGGUGGUUGCCGUGAAGCUAAUUCUUCCUGACGGCGUACCCUGCCUGGACUACAACGCUGCACAUACUUGAAUAAGUGUUUUCUAUUUUCAUUUAUCUACGUUCAGACUUUGAGAAGAAAGGGAAGAAAGAUGCCUGUCCUGCCCUGGAUCAACUUCUGUCUCAUGUCGCCAAAACGGGAGAAACGAUGUGAGUGUCUGAGAAAUGAGCCUCAAGUGCCAGUCACUUUUCUAUUGAAUGGACAAUGUGUCAAUGCAGUAUAGAAAUACACAGGCUGGUAAAUUACACAAUGGGUAAAUUACAACACAUGGAUAGUCAUAUUGCUGAAAUGUCUUUAUGGAUAUGCUACCAAAACCAAGGUCUUGUUUGAGGAGACUGAAGUUAGCCCAAUAUUGGACUAAAGGAGCCUUACAUUAUACCUUAGUCCAAGGACCUUACAUUUUUAAAGGGCAAAUUGGCUCUGGAAGCACAAACGGCCAAAUACACCAUCUAAAAGUAUGUCUAUUCUCAAUUGCGGUAUGGUUCUAGAAAUAUAAAAUCCCUCAUUUACAUUUACGUCAUUUAGCAGACGCUCUUAUCCAGAGCGACUUACAAAUUGGUACAUUCAACUUAUGAUAGCCAGUGGGACAACCACUUUUUUUUUAAAUGGGGGGGGGGUAGAAGGAUUACUUUUAUACUAUUCCAGGUAUUCCUUAAAGAGGUAGGGUGUCAAGUGUCUCUGGAAGGUGGUCAGUGACUCCGCUGUCCUGGCGUCAUGGGGGAGCUUGUUCCACCAUUGGGGUGCCAGAGCAGCGAAUAGCUUUGACUGGGCUGAGCGGGAACUGUGCUUCCGUAGAGGUAGGGGGGCUAGCAGGCCAGAGGUGGAUGAACGUAGUGCCCUCGUUUGGGUGUAGGAUCUGAUCAGAGCCUGAAGGUAAGGAGGUGCCAUUCCCCUCACAGCUCUGUAGGCAAGCACCAUGGUCUUGUAGUAGAUGCGAGCCUCAACUGGAAGCCAGUGGAGUGUGCGUAGGAGCGGGGUGGCAUGAGAGAACUUGGGAAGGUUGAACACCAGACGGGCUGCAGCGUUCUGGAUAAGUUGUAGGGGUUUAAUGGCACAGGCAGGGAGUCCAGCCAACAGCGAGUUGCAGUAAUCCAGACGGGAGAUGACAAGUGCCUGGAUUAGGACCUGUGCCGCUUUCUGUGUAAGGUAGGGUCGUACUCUCCAAAUGUUGUAGAGCAUGAACCUGCAGGAUCGGGUCACCGCUUUGAUGUUAGCGGAGAACGACAGGGUGUUGUCCAGGGUCACGCCAAGGUUCUUUGCACUCUGGGAGGAGGACACAAUGGAGUUGUCAACCGUGAUGGCAAGAUCAUGGAGCAGGCAGUCCUUCCCCGGGAGGAAGAGCAGCUCCGUCUUGCCGAGGUUCAGCUUGAGGUGGUGAUCCAACAUCCACACUGAUAUGUCUGCCAGACAUGCAGAGAUGCGAUUCGCCACCUGGUUAUCAGAAGGGGGAAAGGAAAAAAUGGAUUGUGUGUUGUCACAUCAAAAUAAUUUCACAAAUGCAAAAUACAGACGUACUGUACACUGUUUUAACACAGUUGCAGAUGUACUGUACACUUUUUUAAACACAGUUGCAGUCAACACUAUUUUUAAGUGACAACACGUUUGUGGCAUCUGUCUUCCAUUUACACAUAGAUGUUCGGAGACGCAGAUGGCUAAUAAGCACAGAUCUUCUGUCUGUUUUCCGUAAACAAGGGCUGUAACAUGGAAAUAUGGCCGUGUGUGAACCCUAACCCUAUAAAGGUGUGUAGUAAUCAAACCUUUUUUUGUUUUUUGAAAAUAAUUUCUCGUCAAUAUGAAAGAUAAGUCCUUAUGCUUCCAAAACCGUGUCGCAAGCGAUGCGUCUUAAUGUUCAGACCGAGCGUCGCGGCUCUUAACAAAACUCUCUCCUACAGAAGACCCCUUCGUCCAAUGACUCUUAUGUGUAAUGUAAUUGAACUGAGAGUCGUGAUCAUGUGGUCCCAAGAGUGAUAUCACAACAUCAAGGCUCCAUCAGUUGGAUAGGUUACCAGUUGGUCUCGAAAACCCUUCUCUCCGUAGCGUUUUCAGUGGUUAGCUUCGCCCAAGGCAGGCUCUGUGUGAACUACAUUUCUAACCCUGUGUUUUAACGUUUACAAACAUCAAUCAGCGCUUGCGAAACGGUUUUCUUUCAAAUAAAAAAUAUACACUUUACUGUAGCAUAUUUGCACAGAUCAAUACACUGUGUGCCUCCAGUUGACGAACUACACUUCCUUUCCCAGUUAUGCUUACACACAGUUGUUCGGAGCAGUCGGUCUUCCGCAAACACUCGCAGCAUAGGUUUCCAUUAGGAAAAUGUGGUGCUGGACAACGUGACCGGGUAGAUUUAAAUUUACCAGACAUUUAAGAAAUUUACCGGACCCAUAUGCAUUGGGUACAUAACCCAUUAGGGUGUCCACCCACGGUGCUCAGAAUGACAAAUCACAUUUAAGAUUAUGGUAAUGCGUCUUAACAGAACAUGUAACUCAUGUAAUGAAGCAGCCAAUAAAAUGUAAUUUUCAAACAUUUGCCAAAAUGCAAUUUGUGGGAAAAUGUCAUUCUAAACAGCGCACCUGAUAGUGGUUCCAUAUAUGACAGAUGAACAUCUCUGUUCGAAAGAGGGGGACUCUAAAGAUGCAACAACUAGGAUGGGUUGCUAAUAUGACUAGGAUUGUGCCUUUGGCUUCUGGAUAACGAAUGAAAGUUGAUAAGAAAACCAGUAGAACAGGAGAGAAAUGGCAUAGUGGUGGGCCCAAUAUGGAAGUAAAUGGAAAUACAUUUGCCAAAAUUAUAUAAUUACUCCUGUCUAUACAGAAAUGAAUAAAAUCAUUCAAAAUAUUUCAACAGAAAGCAUGACUUCGCCACAGAGGAAUCGAGGAUCAUAGGCUUCUUAAAAAAAUUGCUGUGUAUUGUUUAAAAUCACAAGCUCAUAGGCCUAUGCCUAUUUGGGAAACCCGCAAUUUGGGCAGUGCGCGUGGCAAUAGGCCUAGCUGAUAAUUGAGUUGCAGCUGUCAGUAACAAGGUUUCCAUCCAGGCGUUUUAUGCGAGUAAAGUACGUCGGAUAAAAAAAAAAUGUAAUGGAAACAUACAUUUUUUCGGUAAACUUUCCAAAUGUCGACAAAAUACGAUAGACAAGGUGAGCUCUUUAAUUAUGCAAGAAAUGUCAGUGGAAACGCUUUAAUUAGCAAAUAUUGAAAUAAUAACAUCAAAUCGAAGUAAACUUUGAGUCGCGCAAUGACGUGUGGUCCUCCCACUACGACAUGUUGGGAAAGCAUGCAGUUUGUUAAAUUACAGACAAAAUAAGUUAUGAUGAACUUCACAGGGUGGUGAAAGUGCAAGGUGAUGAGCUUGACGCCUAGGGUCUUAUUAUGGGGACAUGAUAAUCGACACUUGGCUGCCUUUUUAUAUUUUUCCAAUCUUGCUCUUGUCCAUAUCAUCUCAUGUAGGCUACAUGUGCACUCUAGCCAACAGUGUGCAGAUAGUGCUUUUGGCUAGAGUGCACGUGCCAAUACCAGAGUGGGCACACUUGCUAUAUAACUUGCUAUAUAUAUAUAUUUUUUUGUGACAACCAUCAGUAGUUGAAAAUGCGAUGGAAACCAAUGUAACUUUUAUUUGGUACAUGGGAAUUUAACCGCAAAAUGUAGUUUUAUGUGCACUACAUCAUCACGCACAGCCUUUUAUCUACAACAAGUCAAUUUGAUGGAAACACAUGAGAAUGUGUUUUUAUGCAGAUUUUAGAAUAUUCACAUGAAAGUCUGUAACCAAUUGGCUGGAACCCUAGCUAGUGAAAAGCAUCUAAAAUGUGUGAAGAUAAUGCGUCUUGAGUACAAUUUAAAAUGUUGAGACAAGAAGAAAGGGAGGGGUGUAUGGCGAAGAUAUAGACGAGUCUCUCUCCAGAAUGGCUCAGCUGUCUCACGCUAAUUCUUGUGCAUUCAUUGUCAAUUGUUUUCCCCUGAAUCCUCCAUUUUUGUUGUUGUUGAUCAAUUCCCCAUUCCAUAUGUCACCAGUAGUAAAUGUACUGUUAAUCCCCGUCAUUUGGUUACAUUAAUUUCUGUUAAAUGAUUGUAAUUAAUAGAUGCAUUACCGUUCCCAUUCUCGGAGUGGAAACAUUGUUUGCAGAGUUCACAACCUGCUACACUUGUGAGAAACAAGUUUUGGUUAAUUUCAUAACCAUAAUUUACGAGAUGUGUAAACAUUUUUUUAUUGUCUUUUGUUUGGAAUGCUCCAUGUGAGCAUUGAGCAUGUCUGGUGUCUCUGUCCUGAUAAUGUUGAGGGAGCUUGUGCACCUGAGCAUGCAGUAUCAUGCCUGCUGCGAGGGAAUGUAGGAAAGUGUUUUAACAUCCACUGCAAAUGAUAAUACAGUAUAUUGAAACUAUAGUUCCUCACAGUAAGCUAUUUGAAAAAUCUUUCCAACAAUAUCCCCCUAUAAUCCCCAAUCCUCGGUGUGAAAGAGCAAUGGAAGUUAUAGGCCACAGGUAGCAGUAGGCCUAUAGGCUAUGAGUUCCAUGUGCUAAUUUCUUUAGCCGCCAAUGGAUCACGGUGUAUCAAUGUGUCCAUAAUGCAGAGGCUUUACUUUUUAACUUUGAGAUUAUCAUUUUAAUUAAGAUUUUUAUAAUUAACCAUGUGACAAUGAUUUUGAGAAACAAAAACGUUAUUGAAAUGAAACUGUUCCACAUUUGCGCAUAUGAAAACCAUAACUGGCACACAGAACUGUAGAAAUGGUAGGAGAAAUCCCGCUCAAAAUUGUGUUGGAUAAAUACGAUGCAUGAUGAAUAACAUACACACACAAUUAUUCCACAAAAUGAUGCAAAUUAACCUAUAGACCGAUAAGCAUGAUGGUCAAAUAUAUUUACAUCGACUGGUAUUUCCAUCAAUGAAUAAAAGCUGAUUUAUCUUUUUUCUUUCUCCUGGUCAUUUUGGCCAGCAACAGUUUUUUUUAAAUUUAUUAUCUUUUCAAAAAAUUGAUUGACCAAAGCCGACUAUCGCCGGCUAACGGAAACCCUGACACGUGGUAACAUGGAGAUAUGGCUGUGUGGGAACCCUAACCCUAUAAAGGUGUGUAGUAAUUUUAACCUUUUUGUUUUUUGAAAAUUAUUUCUCGCUGAUAUGAAAAAUGUGUUCCUUAUGUUUCCAAAACCGUACCGCAAGCGAUGCUUGUUUACUUUUAGAGCAAGCGUCGGCUCUUAACAAAAGCCCCCGGGAAGAAGAUACAGUGUCUUGCAAAAGUAUUCAUCCCCCUUGGCAUUUUUCCUAUUUUGUUGCACUACAACCUGUAAUUUAGCUGGAUUUUUAUUUGGAUUUCAUGUAAUGGACAUACACAAAAUAGUCCAAAUUGGUGAAGUGAAAUUAAAAAAAUUACUUGUUUCAAAUAAAUAAAUAACAGAGAAGUGGUGCGUGCAUAUGUGUUCACCCUCUUUGCUAUGAAGCCCCUAAAUAAGAUGUGGUGCAACCAAUUACCUUCAGAAGUCACAUAAUUAGUUAGAUUGCACACAGGUGGACUUUAAGUGUCACAUAAUCUCAGUGUAUAUAUACACCUGUUCUGAAAGGCCCCAGAGUCUGAAACACCUCUAAGCAAGGGGCACCACCAAGCAAGCGGCAUCAUGAAGACCAAGGAGCUCUCCAAACAGGUCAGGGACAAAGUUGUGGAGAAGUACAGAUCAGGGUUGGGUUAUAAAAAAAUAUCAGAAACUUUGAACAUCCCACGGAACACCAUUUAAAUCCAUUAUUAAAAAAUGGAAAGAAUAUGGCACCACAACAAACAUGCCAAGACAGGGCUGCCCACCAAAACUCACGGACCAGGCAAGGAGGGCAUUAAUCUGAGGCAACAAAGAGACCAAAGAUAACCCUGAAGGAGCUGCAAAGCUCCACAGUGGAGAUUGGAGUAUCUGUCCAUAGGACCACUUUAAGCCGUACACUCCACAGCUGGGCUUUACGGAAGAGUGGCCAGGAAAAAGCCAUUGCUUAAAGAAAAAAAUAAGCAAACAUGUUUGGUGUUCGCCAAAAGGCAUGUGGGAGACUCCCCAAACAUAUGGAAGAAGGUACUCUGGUCAGAUGAGACUAAAAUUGACCUUUUUGGCCAUCAAGGACAACGCUAUGUCUGGCGCAAACCCAACACCUCUCAUCACCCCGAGAACACCAUCCCCACAGUGAAGCAUGGUGGUGGCAGCAUCAUGCUGUGGGGAUGUUUUUCAUCGGCAGGGACUAGGAAACUGGUCAGAAUUGAAGGAAUGAUGGAUGGCGCUAAAUACAGGGAAGUUCUUGAGGGAAACCAGUUUCAGUCUUCCAGAGAUUUGAGCCUGGGACGGAGGUUCACCUUCCAGCAGGACAAUGACCCUAAGCAUACUGCUAAAGCAACACUCGAGUGGUUUAAGGGGAAACAUUUAAAUGUCUUGGAAUGGCCUAGUCAAAGCCCAGACCUCAAUCCAAUUGAGAAUCUGUGGUAUGACUUAAAGAUUGCUGUACACCAGCGGAACCCAUCCAACUUGAAGGAGCUGGAGCAGUUUUGCCUUGAAGAAUGGGCAAAAAUCCCAGUGGCUAGAUGUUCCAAGCUUAUGGAGACAUACCCCAAGAGACUUGCAGCUGUAAUUGCUGCAAAAGGUGGCUCUGCAAAGUAUUGACUUUGGGGGGGUGAAUAGUUAUGCACGCUCAAGUUUUCUGUUUUUAUUUUGGUCUUAUUUCUUGUUUGUUUCACAAUUUAAAAACAAUAUUUUGCAUUUUCAAUGUGGUAGGCAUGUUGUGUAAAUCAAAUGAUACAAUCCCCCCCAAAAUCUAUUUUAAUUCCAGGUUGAAAGGCAACAAAAUAGGAAAAAUGCCAAGGGGGGUGAAUAGUUUCGCAAGCCACUGUACCUUCAUAUAAUAAUUUAAAAAAUAAUUGGUCAUUUAGCAGACGCUCUUAUCCAGAGCGACUUACAGGAGCAAUUAGGGUUAAGUGCCUUGCUCAAGGGCACAUCGACAGAUUUUUCACCUAGUCGGCUCGGGGAUUAGAACCAGCGACCUUUCGGUUACUGGCACAACGCUCUUAACCACUAAGCUACCUGCCGCCCCGUUGGCGUCUAUGAAUGGGCUAGGCAACCAGAGAGGUAUCCCACGAAGCAAGCUAGAUCUACUCAGGUUUUUCUAAAGCUAACCAGCUUCAGUUAGCUUCACAUUCCAGCUCAGGCUUCAAGUGUCAAGUUUUAUUAGUCGUAUGUAUGGGAUAUGCAUGGUAUAGGCCUACAUCGCCCAUCGAAAUGCUUACUUGCAGGUUCCUUCUCAACAAUGCAACAACAAUAAGAAAUAGUCAAAAGUAAGAAUACAAACAAAGUAAAUGGCAGUAGAAUAUACGUUUUUUAGCAUAAUUAUAAUACAGGAACGCACAAUUUAUAAUGCAAUAUUUUACAUGUGUAUUGGGGAUGGGGGGCAAGUGUAUAAAUCGAUCAGUAUAGUAAGUCUGGUAGCAGCUGUUGUGAUGUGUGCAGAGAAUCAGAGCAGGUGGUCAGUCCAGUUCAAGUGUUCAGCACUCUGAUGGCUUGUAGAUACCAACAGGCUCAGGGACAGUUUCAUGCUCCGAUACUUUCUGUCUCCCUGACUGUAAAGGAGAGAACAGCUCGUGGCUGGGGUGUGGGGGGUCCUUGAUGAUGCUGCAUGCCUUCCUCAGGCACCGUUUCGAGUAAUUUCCUGGAUGGGUGGAAGCACGGUCCCAGUGACGUACUGGAGGGCCUUGCGGUUGUGGACGGAGCAAUUCCUGUACCAGGCCAUGAUGCAACCAGUCAGGACGCUCUCGAUGGUGCAGUAGUUUUGCAGAGGACCGGGGCAGCAUGCCAGAUUUCUUCAGCCGUCUUAGGAAGUAGAUGCUGUUGCACCCUCUUGACAAGAGUGGUGGUGUUGUUAGUCUGCGACAAGUCCUCGGCUUCAUCCAUACUGUGACGGUGGAUAUUGCUUGUCCGCCUGCCACAAAUUGUAGCAGGCUUAUAACUGCGCGUGCAUGUCGUACAUGGCUAGUCGAACGCCGAACUCUUCAUUGAAGCAAUGAUGAAACCUCAAUCCAUGGGCGAGUCAGUGCCACAUUUCAUUUUUUGCCGAAAUCAAAAUUAACUAAGUUAUCUUGCAAAUUCAGCAGGCUGUGGUGUGAAAUAGGCUUUUAGAAGUGCCAUCUUUAUUUUAUGACUUCUAGUUAAUGCUGUCUUUGGUGUUACAUUGCGUGAAGUUUAAAAUGCCUUCUGUCAUUACUAUGUGAUAUAUUUUAACAUGAUUAUUUUACACACAUAUUUGAUUAAAUAUUUUCUUAAUCAGUCGUCUUCCUCAAAUGAAGGGAAUGAAGUCGCAGUCUUUGCAGGAGGGAGGGAAAUCUGAUUUCAUUGGUCCUCAACUCAAGGCUCAGUCAUUUCAUUCAGAGUAAGUGGCGUUAGCCUGCCCCAGAGAAGGUUAGUUCUGAAGGAUUCGUUGCCAUUCAAAUUUACCUGGCUAAAAGGUGUGCCACUUUCAUAUGACUGGUUAUCCCGAGUUGAACUCAGUUGACCAAAGUUACCUCACUAACUCCUCAAACCUGCUUCGUAGGAUACCCCUCAGGUGUUGGACCUAGAGGAUAACUUUUUGGUCUCCCAUCUCUUCCAGGAUUUCAUGGUCACAGUUCAAAAGUUAUUUCCUGUUUAAACUUGAGAAAGUAAUGGAUGACUUCAGAACCUCGACGCCAGACCAGCGAGGGCCAGCGAAUCCUAAUGUGGAGUACAUUCCUUUUGAAGAGAUGAAGGAAAGGAUUCUCAAAAUUGUAGAUGGGUACAACGGGUGAGUGUCCUCCACUGUCCAGUGCUGAAACAUCUAAUAAAAAGUCUCCCUUUAAUGCUUGUUUUACUGGUAUGUCUUUGUGUAUACCUUUUUGACUAUAUUUUCCAGUAUUCCGUUCACCAUCCAGCGUCUGUGUGAGUUACUUACUGAACCUAAGAGGAACUACACUGGAACAGACAAGUUCCUCAGGGGAGUGGAGAAGGUAAGUAUCAUCACUGUUUCUGAGAUUGUUUAUCAUAAUGGGUUUUUUAAAUAUGGGGUGUUAUCUUUAGCCAAAAUGGGAGUUUCUAUUGGACAAAUUUAGGUAGGUUCUUCCUCAUUUUUGUUCAGUUUGCUUCCGUUUAAGAAACGUUUUGCAACAGAAUCAGCGUAAUGAAUAUGCCCCCAGGGUACUCUCCCUAUUAAGGAUACCCAUGUCACAGAUACAUGUCCUUGUGUUAAUUUGAAUUAAUAAUGCAUUCUCGCAUGGCAGUUAUUUUUGUUUUUACAAGUUAGAAUUGCUUGUGUUAGCAUACAAUAUCAUGCUUGGAGAUUGAUGGUACUGUUUAUAUUUUGCAGAAUGUGAUGGUGGUCAGCUGUGUAUAUCCUACGUCAGAGUAAGUUUUCUGUCAUGUUUCUCUACCUACAACUUUAGCUUAUGUCUAAAAGUGUUUUAUAGCAAAACAUACUUUUGAAGUUGGGAUCAGCUUUAAAGCUGUCUAUCAAAUCAUUUUGGGUAGGCUAACAGUCAGUUGGAUUUGCUGACUCACUCUGCCUCUUUUAAAGGAAAAAUGGGGCAACCAGUGUAAACAGAAUGAAUGGAGUGAUGUUCCCUGGCAAUACCUCUAUUUAUUCACGAAGGUGAGAGCUACCUACUUGUCAAUGGUUGAUGUUCAGUUAUGCAAUUUAUCUACAUUUUAUAACAUAAAACGGGUGGAGAACCCCAAUGAAACCCAGCAGUCUUUCUUUCCAGGGAUCCCUGAACAUAGGGGGAGAAGGUUUAGUAACUUACUCCUACCAAAUAUGCUAGUCAUACAGUGGAUGGCAGUGUAGUUUAUCUUCUUGUUAUUACACUGAACAAAAAUAUAAACGCAACAUGCAUCAAUUUCAAAGAUUUUACUGAGUUACAGUUCAUACAAGGAAAUCAGUCAAUUGAAAUAAAUUAAUUAGGCCCUAAUCUAUGGAUUUCACAUGACUGGGAAUACAGAUAUGCAUUUGUUGGUCAUAGAUGCCUUAAAAAAAAGGUAGGGGCGUGGAUCAGAAAACCAGUCAGUAUCUGGUGUGACCACCAUUUGCCUCAUGCAGCGUGACACAUCUCCUUCACAUAGAGUUGGUCAGGCUAUUGAUCGUGGCCUGUAGAAUGUUGUCUCUCUCCUCUUGAGAGCUGAACCUCGGCAAGACGGAGCUGCUCUUCCUCCCGGGGAAGGACUGCCCGUUCCAUGAUCUCGCCAUCACAGUUGACAACUCCGUUGUGUCCUCCUCCCAGAGUGCGAAGAGCCUUGGCGUGACCCUGGACAACACCCUGUCGUUCUCCGCUAACAUCAAGGCGGUGACCUGAUCCUGUAGGUUCAUGCUCUACAACAUUCGGAGAGUACGACCCUGCCUUACACAGGAAGCGGCACAGGUCCUAAUCCAGGCACUUGUCAUCUACCGUCUGGAUUACUGCAACUCGCUGUUGGCUGGGCUCCCUGCCUGUGCCAUUAAACCCCUACAACUCAUCCAGAAUGCCGCAGCCCGUCUGGUGUUCAACCUUCCCAAGUUCUCUCACGUCACCCCGCUCCUCCGCACACUCCACUGGCUUCCAGUUGAAGCUUGCAUCUGCUACAAGACCAUGGUGCUUGCCUACGGAGCUGUGAGGGGAACGGCACCUCCGUACCUUCAGGCUCUGAUCAGUCCCUACACCCAAAUGAGGGCAUUGCGUUCAUCCACCUCUGGCCUGCUGGCCCCCCUACCUCUGCGGAAGCACAGUUCCCGCUCAGCCCAGUCAAAACUGUUCGCUGCUCUGGCACCCCAAUGGUGGAACAAGCUCCCUCACGACGCCAGGACAGCGGAGUCACUCACCACCUUCCGGAGACACUUGAAACCCCACCUCUUUAAGGAAUACCUGGGAUAGGAUAAAGUAAUCCUUCUACCCCCCCUUACCCCACCCCAAAGAAAAAAAGAAAAAAACAUAUUGUAAAGUGGUUAUCUCACUGGCUAUAAGGUGAAUGCACCACUUUGUAAGUCGCUCUGGAUAAGAGCGUCUGCUAAAUGACGUAAAUGUCUUCAAUAGCUGUGCGAUGUUGCUGGAUAUUGGCGGGAACUGGAACACGCUGUCGUACACAUCAAUCCAGAGCAUCCCAAACAUGCUCAAUGGGUGACAUGUCUGGUGAGUAUGCAGGCCAUGGAAGAACUGGGACAUUUUCAGGUUCCAAGAAUUGUGUACAGAUCCUUGCGACAUGGGACUGUGCAUUAUCAUGCUGAAACAUGAGGUGAUCGCGGCAGAUGAAUUGCACGACAGUGGGCCUCAGGAUCUCUUCACGGUAUCUCUGUGCAUUCAAAUUGCAAUUGUGUUCAUUGUCCUUAGCUUAUGCCUGCCCAUACCAUAACCCCACCGCCACCAUGGGGCACUCUGUUCACAACGUUGACAUCAGCAAACCGCUCGCCCACACGACGCCAUAUACUCCGUCUGCCAUCUGCCUGGUACAGUUGAAACCAGGGUUCAUCUGUGAAGAGCACACUUCUCCAGUCUGCCAGUGGCCAUUCGAAGGUGAGCAUUUUCCCACUGAACUGCAGUCAGGAGUCAGACUCUGGUGAGGAUGAUGAGCACGCAGAUGAGCUUCCCAGAGACGGUUCCUGACAGUUUGUGCAGAAAUUCUUCAGUUGUACAAACCCACAGUUUCAUCAGCUGUCCGGGUGGCUGGUCUCAGACGAUCCCGCAGGUUAAAAAGCUGGAUGUGGAGGUCCUGGGCUGGCGUUGUUACACGUGGUCUGCCUCCAAAUUCUCUAAAACGACGUUGGCGGUGGCUUAUGGUAGAGAAAUGAACAUUAAAUUAUCUGGAAACAGCUCUGGUGGACAUUCCUGCAGUCAGCAUGCCAAUUGCACGCUCCCUCAAAACUUGAGACAUCUGUGGCAUUGUGUUGUGUGACAACUGCACAUUUUAGUGUCCUUUUAUUGUCCCCAGCAAAAGUUGCACCUGUGUAGUGAUCAUGCCGUUUAAUCAGCUUCUUGAUAUGCCACACCUGUCAGGUGGAUGGAUUAUCUUGGCAAAGGAGAAAUGCUCACUAACAGGGAUGUAAACACAUUUCUGCACAAAAAUUGACUGGGUACUUUUAUUUCAGCACGUGGGACCAACACUUUACAUGUUACGUGUAUAAUUCGAUUCAAUUGCAACAAUAUGAUUGAAUGAAAGCGUGUUGGAUUUUGCAUAUAGAGAUUAUUUCCUCUCUCCUUAUGGUAGGAAUAUAAAUGGACCAGGCACCCCAAGGCCACUGAACAGACCAAAGCUAUUGCUAUCCACCUCUCUGGCUACAAACGGUCUCCCUGACAGCACAGACGAUAAGGAACCACUCACAGAACAAGAGGAGGAGCAUGUUGUCAGGUAACUAGCAUUGUGUGAAAGCCAGGUGACUGUCAGCAGAACACUCUGUAAAUGUUACAUAAGACCUAGAGCAACUGGUUAUCUGAUGUUUUGACGCUUUCUUUAGUGAUUCCUCGGUAUCGGAAAGUGAUGCCACAAAAACCAGUCUGAUGAAGACCAAGCAUCCAGAAGAGGAUGCAACGGAGGCAGAGAUCCAUUCAGUCAAGAGGCUGAAGUUUGAGAAAGACAUGGAUGAAGAUGAGAUGUCUGGUCCUGCACCUGCCCAAAGCUCAGCAGACAUGCCAGAAUCGUCAACGGACAUUGUUGAGGAAGAAAAAGACAAGUCUGCUGAUAUGCUCACCACAGACGAUCAUGGUACUUUUUUUGAACAAUGGGGCAUUUUUAAAUAACACUAUAUGGCUGUAUUUACACAGGCAGCCCAAUUCUGAUCUUCUUUCCACUAAUUAGUCUUUUGGCCAAUCAAAUCUUUCACAUCAGAUAUUUUCCGGAGCUGAUCUGAUUGGUCAAAAGACCGAUUUAGUAGAAAGUAAUAUCAGAAUUGGGAUGCCUGUCUAAACACAGCCUAAGAUUGUGAAAGGGAAAGUUUGACAUGGGUCCAAGAAUAACAUUGCUAAAAUGGAUUAAUUGAUUUAUGGAAGGCUGUAAUGGUAUUCUUGCCUUCUGUCCUCCAGAGCCCUCCAGCACUCAGACAGAAGAGCCCUUUGAUGAGGAAGAGACGGCGGAGACAUCAGAGAGAGAGGCCGAGUCUGGCCCUACUAACAGUCUAAAAAGUGACAGCACCAUGGACCAGUCAGAGGAGCAGCUUGAUCAGUCAGGGAAAGAUUUAAGUUUAGAGGAACAGGGGGAAGGGGAUUGCAGCGACCCAGUCAGUAGCAGUAGCAGCAAUGGGGAGGGAGCACCCAGUGAAGAGCCUGUCCCAUCUGCCUCUCCCAGCAGUAAAGCUGAGUCGUUGGCAGAGGGCGCUGCAGCAGAAAACAGUUCAGAAAGCCCAGAGACUGCAGAUGAGCCCAUGGAACAGGACUAACCUGAGGGCCACCCAACAUUAUUUUACACUGUAUGAUACUGUAACUGUUCCACACCCAGGAGAUCUCUACCACUGUGGACUUGUAGUCUCCCAGGACAGGGGGGAUUUUUGUGAGGCCUCAGGAUUUUCACCCUCGGGUCUCUUCACGCCUUAUGACCCACCCACCUCCUGACAGCCACGCAUCAGUCCGAUUUUAAAAACGUUAUUUAAAGUUCCCCUUCAGCUAGGUUUUUUUCAAGCCUGUGGCAUUCAUUUACACAUGAAAUGCCUUUAUCACCCUGAUUUUUUUUUUUCUUCUCCUGUAUCACUGUCAUUUUAAUAUGUACUGCUAUUUUAGACGCCAAUUCCAAAGCUGCUUGGUUAACAUUGUGAUGUAGAAGGAUCAGUCAUUAUUCAGUGUUUGUUGUGGUCUUCAUCUGUGGUAAAUAUUUCAUGUUGGCCGGCCCAGUUAGGUUCUCUGGAUCUGUGGGAUGCCUUGGGUUUUCCCUGGGUAAAGUGACCGUUUACAGCUAUGUUUUGUUUUUGGUGUGGUAGUUUUCCUCACUUUGAAAUGUAAAGUGUAGAGAACUGGCCAUGACAUCUGUACCAUAAACCCACUGGAAGCCCUGCAAGUUUGCUAGUCUUGCAAAGUAAACAUACAGAAACCAUGGAUUGCAACCGAUCCUCCUCAUGUUCUAUGAUUUGAACAAUACAGAUAUAGCUGUGAACCAAAUGCUUUAAACU